UCUAAGUGGUUCCUCCUCCUCUCUCUAUCGCAUCUCUCUCUCUCUCUCUCUUUUCCUCUCGUUUGUGGCCAACGUCGUCGCCUCCACGAUCCACGACGAGUCAUCUCCCUACUUCCGGCGAUUACAGGCCUCUCUUCUGUUACCGCUAAAUCCCCCAUUACUUUUCUCGUAUCUGCUCUCAGAUCCCCGAGAUUUUCCCUGUGAUUUCGCCUCUCAAUCUCGAUAAAAAUCCAACCUUGUUUUGAAAUUCCAAGACUUUAGCCGCGCAAAGAUACUUAUUCCGGGUACGAAGACCGAAGAACCCAUCAAUUUCCUUACAGAGUCGUGAUUCUUGGAUCUCGUCUUUGUUUCAUGAUGGACACAAUUAGGGUUUGCACGGAGGUUCCUGGAUCUUCGAAAUCGACCGCACAGUCACUCUCGGAGUCGACCUCCCGCACGGAAACCAUCAAUGGCUCCCACGAAUUCAAGAUCAGCGGCUACUCUUUGGUCAAAGGGAUGGGGAUUGGCAAAUACGUUGCCUCGGAUACGUUCAUGGUCGGUGGCUACUCUUGGGCGAUCUAUUUCUACCCAGAUGGAAAGAGUCCAGAGGAUAAUUCUGUCUACGUGUCUCUCUUCAUUGCCCUCGCGAGCGAAGGCGCUGAUGUUAGGGCUUUGUUUGAGCUGACCCUCGUCGAUCAGAGCGGUAAUGAAAGGCACAAGGUUCAUAGCCAUUUCGGUAGAACUCUCGAAAGCGGACCUUAUACUCUUAAGUAUCGAGGAAGUAUGUGGGGAUACAAACGUUUCUUCAAGAGAUCUCUUCUGGAGUCCUCGGACUAUCUAAAGGACAAUAGUCUCUUGGUCCGGUGUUGUGUUGGAGUGGUGAAGUCACGCACGGAGGGACCAAGGAGUUACAACAUCCCUGUGCCGGUUUCUGACUUAGGGCAGCAGUUUGGGAAGCUCUUGGAAAGUGAGAAAGGAGCUGAUAUUACUUUCGAUGUUGACGGAGAGACAUUCCCUGCCCACAAAUUGGUUCUUGCAGCUCGUUCUCCAGUUUUCAGGGCACAGCUUUUUGGCCCGUUGAGAAGUGAAAAUACCAAAUGUAUAACCAUAGAAGACAUAGAAGCACCAAUUUUCAAGAUGUUGCUCCAUUUUAUCUACUGGGACGAAUUGCCUGAUAUGCAAGACUUAAUGGGCACAGAUCUGAAAUGGGCAUCAACUCUUGUUGCUCAGCAUUUACUUGCUGCUGCUGACCGUUAUGCUCUUGAGCGGCUUAGAACAAUAUGUGAGUCAAAACUCUGUGAAGGAAUCAGCAUAAAUACAGUUGCAACCACCUUGGCUCUUGCAGAGCAGCAUCAUUGUUUCCAGCUGAAAGCCGCCUGCCUUAAAUUCAUAGCUUUGCCAGAAAACCUGAAAGCUGUGAUGGAAACGGAUGGGUUUGAUUAUCUAAAAGAAAGCUGUCCGUCAUUACUAAGUGAACUAUUAGAGUAUGUGGCUAGACUGAGUGAGCACUCUUUAACAUCAUCGGGGAAUCGGAAGGAGUUAUUUGCUGAUGGUUGUGACGUGAAUGGAAGACGGGUGAAGCAACGGUUACAUUAAGUAACACACCGAGAGAGAUGGUGGUGACUCCUGGCAAAGAGAAUUGUAGAAGAGUAAAGAUUUGUGCAUUUGUCAUUGUAUAAGGAUUAGAGGUUGUUCUGUGUUGUUCAGCUAAUAGAGUGAAAUGUUGUCUGGUUUUUUUCUUUUUACUUUUGCUUUUCUGUCCUGUGGAUUUUAUGACCAAAACCGCUUCUCACAAGGAAAGUUUCAUGUGACUUCACAUA